CCCCCCCCACAGCCCCUGCAGCACUCACGCCUUGUAGCCUCUGCUUUUCCCACACGCCCGCAACACCGCAACCAUGAACCCAGAAUACGACUACCUCUUCAAGCUCCUCCUCAUCGGUGACUCUGGUGUCGGAAAGUCGUGCUUGCUGCUCCGUUUUGCCGACGACACAUACACGGAGAGCUACAUCUCGACCAUCGGCGUCGACUUUAAAAUCCGAACGAUCGAGCUCGAUGGCAAGACGGUAAAGCUACAGAUUUGGGACACGGCCGGCCAAGAGCGCUUCCGAACCAUCACAUCGUCAUACUACCGUGGCGCUCACGGCAUCUGCGUCGUGUACGAUGUCACCGACAUGGACUCAUUCAACAACGUCAAGCAGUGGCUACAGGAGAUUGACCGAUACGCCACCGAGGGCGUCAACAAGCUGCUGGUUGGCAACAAGUCCGAUAUGGCGGACAAGAAGGUUGUUGAGUACACUGUAGCAAAGGAAUUCGCAGACAGCCUCGGCAUUCCAUUCCUCGAGACUUCGGCAAAGAGCGCCACCAACGUCGAGCAAGCUUUCCUCACCAUGGCCCGCCAGAUCAAGGAGCGUAUGGGUACCACAACCGCCAACACCAAGCCCACAGUCCCCAUCGGGCAAGGCCAGGGCGUGCAGAGCGGAUCCGGUGGCGGCUGCUGCUAGGCGGGGAAAGAGAAGAGUUCAAAUGUGUCAGAGACACGUACAAGCGUCCAAGGACGAGCGAGACACGACGUGGGCGCCACAUUUCCCGUCUCCAUAUGCGACUGCGACAAGGGGAGCGGAACCACGAGAAUGCGCACGGAUCCAUGGCCGCCAUGUCCUCUCCCAUUCGUCACGAUAUCUCCGUCUCUGUCCCGGUCUUUGUGCUAGCAUGGCGACGCGACUCGCUUAGAAUGGGGGCUCUCGUUUGGAUUUCUGGGAUGUGCUGGUUUCUGCAUUACAAUUUGUGGUGGCCGCUGGGCCCUCUGUUUCUUUCGGAGUGUUCUAGGUGUUCUUAAUAUGGGACAAUCAUCCUUUAUCUCAU